AUGCAUCGGACACUCAAGCAUUUUAUUCUUCAGACACAGGUCUUUUCUUUGUACAGAUACGCUAUUCGAGCGGCACGACAUAUUCCAGACCCUUCGGCAAGAAGAGAAACGGUACUUUGGGUGCGCCAGGAGAUUGAAAGAAACAAGCACAUUCAGGAUGUGGACAAAAUCCAAAAUCUCGUUUCAUCCGGACGUCGUGAGCUGAGGCAAACACUUCCGAUGCGAUGA